AUGUCCGCCGGACAAGAACGGAAGCGAACCAGACAAGUGCAGAAAAAUGAACGCACGCGUACAUCUAACGGACAAUUUUGUCCGAUGGUGUACGUUCCAAACUUUGAACUAGCUCAAAACUUUCCACCGGAUGGAACGAACAUCGCCGGACAAGGAGCAAAUAUCCAAGGCAAUCCGCUGGUGUGCAAUUGUAGUGCCUGGUGGAUAAAACAGGCUGUGAAGAACAAAUUGCUGAAUGGUAGCAAAAACACAAUAUGUCAAAAUGGAAGACCUAUUGGUGAAACGGAUAUAGCAGAAUGUGGGCCACCGAAGAUUGUGAUUGAUCCAGUAUCAUUAGAAAUCAGUGCAGGAGAAAAUAUGUCAGUACUGUGCUCAGGGGCUGGUAAUCCAUCACCACGCGUUUUUUGGAAUAUUACUGACGUUACUUCCGACGUAAGACUGACGUCAUUGGAAAAUGGUCGGGUACAGAAGCUUCAGAUAAUGAACGCAAGUACUGACGAUAAUGGGAAUAUAUCAUGCGUUGCUGAAAACGAAGCACUGUAUAGAAAGAAAGUAGUUCAACUUCACAUCAAGGGAGCACCAAUAAUUAAAGCAAUGUACAAAACAAAGGGUGUCUUCGAAUGUAUUAAUUAUGUGAUUAUCAGUUACCCUGAGCCGAGCAUACAGUGGUUCCACGACGGCAAACUCCUCACUACAAUAGGCGACCAUUCGUCAAUAGACCACCAACGACGCAAAGUUAUAGAGAAUAAUACAAACGAUACAAGAAGGAGGCUUAUUAAAGGAUACCUUUAUUUCAAAAUGGAUAAUUACAUGCACAAUGGUAUUUACACACUUGUUGCCACAAAUGAGUUUGGAUCAACAAAUGGAAGUAUACGUUAUAAUAAAUCAGUACCUCAAGUUUUUGGCGGGGGCGGGCAUUCCAAGGGAAAUUUUGUAUUAAAACCAUCUGAGAGUUUUGUCAACGAGAUCAGACAAGAAGAGAAAAAAGAGGACAAGCGCGUUCAGAUCUAUAUCAUCGUUGGUGUUGGUCUCGUUCUCUUCGCCUCUACUAUGGUGAUUUCGAGUCUUUGCUAUAUAAGAUUUAAGAAACGUGAUCCAACACGGUUUGCAAGAGACGUGUGUCCACAUUCACCUCACAGCCACGAGACCAUACCUCUAAAAUCGUAUCAAAUAAUGGAAAACAUGAACUACAGCAGUAAACCGGACUUUCUACAUUUAGCGAUUAAGCAUAUCCGUCCGGAGUUCGUGAGCUGUAUCGAACCACUUGGCGAGGGGGCCUUUGGGAGGGUGUAUCUUGGCAGGUGUGAAAACAUGCCAAAUGAAGGUGAAAAUGUGAUGGUUGCAAUAAAAAUGCUCAAGAAUGAUAUGACUGAAGACUCAGUGAAAGACUUUGAGAGAGAAUGUGAGGUGCUGACUAAUAUGAACCAUAAGAAUAUUGUGACAUUCUAUGGGGUGUGUAUUCAUGAGGAUACGUGUAUGAUGAUAUUUGAAUAUAUGCAGAAUGGUGAUUUAAACAAUUUUCUCAGAAAGCACGGCCCUGAUGGUUCUAUAUUUGGUAACUUCCGUCCAAAUUCAAUGCUGAACGAGGCAGAAUUACUUCAGAUCGGUCUGCAAGUCGCUGAGGGAAUGUCUUAUUUGGCAUCCCACCAUUUUGUGCAUCGUGAUUUAGCCACGAGGAAUUGUUUAGUUGGCGAAUCUUUGAUUGUCAAAAUUGGAGACUUCGGCAUGUCUCGAGAUAUAUAUAGUACAGACUAUUACAAGGUGGGGGGAAGCGUAAUGCUUCCGGUAAGAUGGUUGCCUCCAGAGUCGUUACUUUAUCGGACAUUUACUAUAGAGUCAGACAUUUGGAGUUUUGGGGUUGUUUUAUGGGAAAUAUUUUCAUACGGGAAACAGCCUUGGUUUCAUCUGUCGAAUCAUGAAGUUAUACAGUAUAUAAUUGACGGUCAUCUGUUAGACUGUCCACCAAAAUGUCCCGAAGAAGUUGGAAAGAUCAUGAUGAGCUGCUGGAAACGAGAGCCACAGGAGCGAAUGUCUAUGUCUGUAAUUCAGAAACAUCUACAAAGACUUUCUGCACAGAGGGAUGACUACACAGCCGGACGCUCACCAGUGUUCGACUGUCAACCAAAGUAGAUAAUCAGCCCUAUGUUGACCACCACAGUAUUAAUGUGUAAAGACCUCGCUACUACUAAACCAAUGUAUAACAUUAAUCAUAUUGUAUAGAAAAUAAGACGUUUAUAAUUUCUCAGAAAUGCAAAAUUUUGAUACGCAUGUUGACCUAUUCCAUCUUGUUGAAAGUCGCUUAAUUCUAAAUAUUAUAACGGAGAAAUACCAUCAAGCCCUUUCUAUAGUAUUGAGAAAAUGUCGGUUUUGUAAAUGAACUAACAGAUAAUAGCACUAGCAUUUUUGUCAGACCAACAAGCAAUGUAUGUGUAAACGGACUAUAGAUACUGUUAUGUACAACACAUGAUUAGCUUCUGUAUGUAUAUAUGUAUAUGGUAUACAAGUUGGAAAUGCAAGGGCAGCA